CAGAUUCCAGAAAGAAUUUGGAGAUUGAAAGAUUUAAGGGAAAACGUUGUUUUAAAGUACCUGACUUACUUCAAAGAACAAUGCCAGAAACUUAAAAAGGGGCUGCACUAAGGGGCAGGAGUCCUGGGUCCUGAUUGCCCUCUGCCAGGAAGACAGAUGCAGCUAAAGAUGAAUGUGGGAAAAGUAGCCGCAUGCUGCUUUCACUAUGGAGAAGCAGGCCCCCAGUGAGAUGGGGAUAAUCUCGUCGGAGUCCCGCUCCCACAUUAAAUUGCUCAUAAUCAACCGGGAACUUCUGGUCACUCAUAUCCGCAACACUCAGUGCCUGCUGGACAACCUGCUGAAGAAUGACUACUUCUCGGAGGAAGAUGCAGAGAUUGUGUGUGCCUGCCCCACCCAGCCUGACAAGGUCCGAAAACUUCUGGACCUGGCACAGAGCAAGGGCGAGGAGGUGUGCGAGUUCCUCCUCUACGUGCUCCAGCAACUCGAGGAUGCUUACGUGGACCUCAGGCCUUGGCUGUUGGAGAUCGGCUUCUCCCCUUCCCAGCUCAUUCAGAGCAGAGCUGUAGUCAACACUGACCCAGUGAGCAGGUACACCCAGAAGCUGCGGCAUCACCUGGGCCAUGACUCCAAAUUCGUCCUGUGCUACGGCCAGAAGGAGGAGCUGCUGCUGGACGAGGUGUACACAGACACUGUUAUGGAGCUGGUCGGCUUCACCAACGAGAGCCUGGGCCGUCUGGACAGCCUGGCCAGCCUCCUGGACCACUCCACGGGCGUCCUCAAUGAGCAGGGUGAGACCUUGUUCGUGGCUGGUGAUGCUGGUGUGGGCAAGUCCAUGCUGCUGCGGCGACUGCAGGGCCUCUGGGCCUCCGGCCAGCUGGACACUGGCAUCAAGUUCUUCUUCCACUUCCGCUGCCGCAUGUUCAGCUGCUUCAAGGACAGCGAUGCACUGUGUCUGCAGGACCUGCUCUUCAAGCACUACUGCUACCCGGAGCAGGACCCCAAGGAGGUGUUCGCCUUCCUGCUGCGCUUCCCCCACACAGCCCUCUUCACCUUCGAUGGCCUGGACGAGCUCCACUCGGAUUUUGACCUGAGCAGCGUGCCCGACACCUCCUCCCCCUUGGAGCCCGCCCACCCCCUUGUCCUGCUGGCCAACUUGCUCAGUGGGAAGCUGCUCAAGGGGGCCACCAAGCUGCUCACGGCCCGCACAGGCAUUGAGAUACCGCGCCAGCUCCUUAGGAAGAAGGUGUUUCUGCGAGGCUUCUCCCCCAGCCACCUGCAGGCCUACACCCGGCGGAUGUUCCCCGAUCGCGCGCUGCAGGUCUGCCUGCUGGACCAGCUGGAAGCCAACCCUAACCUCUGCAGCCUGUGCACGGUGCCCCUCUUCUGCUGGAUCAUCUUCCGCUGCUUCCAGCAUUUCCAUGCCACCUUCGACUCCACCCUGCAACUGCCCGACUGCAAGGUGACACUGACCGACGUCUUCCUGCUGGUCACUGAGGUCCACCUGAACAGGAUGCAACCCACGAGCCUGGUGCAGCGGAACACGCGGAGCCAGUCGGAGGCCUUCCGCUCCGGUCAGGGGCUGCUGCACUCGCUGGGCCAGGUGGCCCACUGGGGCAUGGAGAAGAGCCUGUUUGUCUUUAGCCAGGAGCAGGUGCACGCCUCUGAGAUGCAGGAGGAGGACCUGCAGCUGGGCUUCCUACGGGCCGUGCCCGAGCUGGGCCCCGAAGGGGAGCAGCCGUCCUACGAGUUUUUCCACAUCACCCUCCAGGCCUUCUUUACAGCCUUCUUCCUCGUGGUGGAUGACAAGGUGGGCACAGAGGAGCUGCUCAGGUUCUUCCAGGAGUGGGCGCCUCCUGGGGAGGCAACGGUGGCGUCCUGCUUUCCUGACUUCCUCCGUUUCCAAUGUCUGGGGGGCAGUAGCCUGGUGGGGGAAGACCCCUUCAAGAACAAGGACCACUUUCAGUUCACCAACCUCUUCCUGUGUGGGCUGUUGUCCAAAGCUAAACAGAAGCUCCUGCGGCACCUCGUGCCUGUGGCAGCCCUGAAGAGAAAGCGCAAGGUCCUGUGGGAACACCUGUUUGCCAGCCUGCGUUCCUACCUGAAGAACCUGCCCCGAGUUCAGACUAACAGCUUCAACCAGGUGCACGGCAUGCCCACCUUCAUCUGGAUGCUGCGCUGUAUCUACGAGACGCAGAGCGAGAAGGUGGGGAAGCUGGCGGCCAGGGGCAUCUGUGCCAACUACCUCAAACUGACCUUCUGCAACGCCUGCUCGGCCGACUGCAGCGCCCUCUCCUUCGUCCUGCACCACUUCCACAAGCACCUGGCCCUCGACUUGGACAACAACAACCUCAAUGACUACGGCGUGCGGGAACUGCAGCCCUGCUUCAGCCGCCUCACAGUCAUCAGACUCAGUGUGAACCAGAUCACUGACAGUGGGGUGAAGGUGCUGUAUGAAGAGCUGACCAAAUACAAAAUCCUGACGUUUUUGGGCUUAUAUAACAACCAGAUCACUGAUGUGGGAGCCAAAUACAUUGCCAAAAUCCUGGAUGAGUGCAAAGGCCUCCAAUACCUUAAGCUAGGACUAAACAAAAUAACGAGUGAAGGAGGCAAGUGUCUCGCCCUGGCUGUGAAGAACAGCAAAUCAGUCUUUGAAGUUGGGAUGUGGGGCAAUACAAUCGGUGAUGAAGGAGCAAAGGCCUUCGCAGAGGCUCUGAGGAACCACCCCAGCUUGGCUAACCUGAGUCUUGCAUUCAACGGCAUCUCCACAGAAGGAGGAAAGAGCCUUGCACAAGCCCUGCAGCAGAACACAUCUCUGAGGAUAUUCUGGCUGACCAAAAAUGAAUUCAAUGAUGAAGUGGCAAAGAGCUUGGCAGAAAUGCUGAAAGUCAACCAGACUUUGAAACAUUUAUGGCUUAUUCAGAACCAGAUCACAGCCAAGGGGCUUGCCCAGCUGGCAGAUGCAUUGCAGGAGAACACUGGCAUAAUGGAGAUUUGCCUAAAUGGAAACUUGAUAAAGCCAGAAGAGGCCAAAGUCUUUGAACACGAGAAGCGCAUUGUCUGUUUCUGAGGGGACUUUUUCCUGUACAUGGGUCUUUGCCCUGGGAGUCUCUUUAGCAGAAACUCUACAGUCAUCUCAUUUUGGAUGUCUUAAAGGGGUCUGCUGAAAUGGGACUGUCAGGCAUUACACUGCCUUGAUGAUGCAAAUUAUCCUUCCUUGCAGAUGCCAGAAAACAGUGUCUUGUGAGCUGUUUUAGAUAAUGUGAAUAUACUACGAAGAGACUUUAAUGCAUAUCUGCAAUUAUUUUUAUCUGAAACUAAAGGACUAAGACUUUGAGGAGAACAGAGGAGGCCAUACAUACAACAGAGAAAGUUCAUACAAAGGACCAAUGGGAGCGAGUAUGUCUUCAUCGAUACUGAUACUGAUGUCUUCAUUGAAGCAUUGAGGACUUGGUGCAAAGUUUGUGCUAAGCUUCUAGGAAAAAAGAUGUUCAACAAACAAGAAGUAUUUUACCUGAAGUAUUCCCUUCCUCCUCAGUGCUCCCUCCUGUGUUAGUAUUAUUCCCAAUGCACAGCUGUAGAUGCUGAGGUAUGUAUAGGGUGGGGACUUGAAUCACCCAAGGUCUUGUGGAAAUCCAGUGCCAAGAAAAGGGCUCAUCACAGGCUUUUGUUUCAGUCCUGGAGUCUCAGUGUCUGUUUGCCGAGGUCACAGGCUGCCCUCUUAGUCGGUCUAUGAGAAAAUACGAUGCCUUCAUAAUGCUGAGUUUUGUGUGGCUAAGCUGACCUCCUCUGGAAGGCCAAAGUACUAUGGGCCAAGGUGCCCUGCCAUAGGAAGAGGAAAAAAUCGAUUCCCGUCCUCCAACAGGAACAAGGCUUUUGUGGCCCUGGUAUCCAAAUGGAAGCUUCUCUCUCCCUUUCCCUUGAUUGGCUGGGAGGGUAACUGAGUUGGAGCUGAACUGGCUGACAACCCAGCUGGCAGAGCACAGCAGUCAGACACUCAACACCAUGGUGGGCACGUGGUAGAUGCUCAUUGCGGCGGAGCGGGGGGAGUAUUACCAGAUAACCUGUUCUUUUGCCAAUUCAUUUGUUUAUAAAACACUGAAAACACUCACUAGUCUAGUUGCCUGAGUCUGAGAUUUCUAAAAGGGACUCAGCCUAGUAAUCACGCUGUAAUCCCUGUGCUAGGUGGGGCCCUGGUGAUGUGCUACGAAGGAACGUCACAGGUGUCAUCAGUUUGGUCCUUCCCAGGCCUCUCCACCUACCUUGGGACAAAAAAAAUGCCAAGGUAGCAUGUGAGGCCUCUCUAUCUGGCCUCUGAAAACAUACAGGUGGCUUCUCAGAGAAAAUAAUUUGUGAGUCAGAGGCAGGGCUUCAAACCAGUUCAUUCUGGUUUGAUCCCUUACUGAGAAUUUGCCUUUCCACCCUAGAUAUACUGAAUCGGAAUCUAUAUUUUGAAUCAC